CAAACGAUCCAAACCCCACCCACAACACCUUUUGGCUUUCUCUGUUUUGCUCCGUGUCUUCCAGUCUUAUUUUGUUUUGUUUUUUAUUCCGUCAGUGUUCUUUGUUACGUACAACAAACUGUGCGGUGUUAUCCCUGUUAUCAAUGUGAGAGUGUUGAACUGUUGAAUAAUAAUAUUCGCGAAGAAUAAUCCAAUUUUUCACCUAUGGAAUAAAAUCGCCUAAGCUUCAAAUAAUCAUCUCUUGAUAGAACUUGUGCCAGACUCCAUAUUCCUGGCAAGUGAACAGUGAAAACGUAACACAAUAGUGUGGAUUUUUGGAUGGAAAGUGCACAUCGACCGGUUUAAAUCGCCAGCAGAGCGCAUACAUAAAAUUAGAACGCAGAUUCUCACGCAUCGAAACCAGACACAGGAAAAUUGGCUCCCGCUUGGCUAAAAAUAGCCCAUUCUUUCACACUGCGUCAGGUCGAAAAGUUGUGGCGAUUUCCUCAUAACUCGCGGAAGAAUUUCGUUGUUCUUUACUUGGCGAAGGUGCCCAUUUCUCCGGGUGAAGUUUCUUGGAACUUAUUAAGAAGCGAUAAGGGCUUGGCGUUUGUAUGACUCACGGAGAUCGACGACAGUGAUCAUUUACCAACACGAUGAUGGCCCAAAGCGAGGAUCCUCCCUUUAUUGGGGACUGGCAUCGGGAAAAGCGACUGGGAAGUGGCGGAUUUGGGUUUGUAACCCUUUGGAAAAACCACAAAACCAACGAGAUGGUUGCUAUCAAAAAGUGCCACAUUCUGCUCGAUAAAAGCGAGAUGACUGAUAAGAACUGCGAACGAUGGUGCAACGAGGUGUCCCUGAUGAUGAACAAGGUGCGCAACGAGAACAUCGUUCGCACGGUGCGGGUUCAACCGGAGACGUUCCUGCAGGAAUUGAUAAAACAUUCGACGAACAAGUUGCCCAUCCUGUGCAUGGAAUACUGCGAGGGUGGUGAUUUGAGGAGGGUGCUCAAUCGAGUCUCCAGCUGUAGCGGGUUGAAGGAAUUGGAAGUAAGGGAAAUUCUGCGAUCGCUCAGGAACGCCAUUUCCUAUUUGCACAAUUUGAGAAUCACGCACCGGGAUAUUAAGCCGGAGAACAUAGUGCUUAAGCAGAUGGGAGAUCGAAUGGUGUACAAGCUGACCGAUUUGGGUUAUGCCAAAGCCUUGGAUAAGCAGAGUUUAAAUGCAAGUCUGGUUGGAACGGUGGAGUAUAUUGCUCCGGAUUUAAUCUACUGCGAUCGAUACAAUUGUUCCGUCGAUUACUGGUCCAUGGGGAUCAUUGCUUUUGAAAUCAUCUGUGGAAUACGUCCCUUUAGUCCGCAUUCAAUCGUUGCUAAAUGGAUGAUGCUCGUCCAGCAGAAGAAAUCUAACCACAUCGCAAUCACUGAAGAUAACCGGGAGAAUUACACAUAUCACAGUGAACUAUUUCCUGAGAAUCACAUUUCUAGCGUGCUUAAAACAUAUCUAGAGAAAUGGCUUACCCUCGCAUUGGAAUGGAAUCCGAAACAGCGAGGACAUGUCUUCCAAAUUGGCGACAAAGAAGUCACUGAACAGCAGCUAAAAUCAGCCAAAGAGCCUUCAAACGGUCAACCAGUUCAGGUGCUGAAAAUUUUCUCCAUGCUAGAUUCCAUCCUCAGCAAGAAGAUUCUUACCAUGUUCUGCUUGUACGAUUUCCGCUUCCUAAGUAUCGAAAUCGAUGAAACAACGGUCCUGGAAACGCUAUGCUCUGCAAUCACAUCCCAAACUGGCAUCGCUCGAGAGGCGAUCGAGUUCGUUCUACCGCUGGAUCAGAAGUUGGACCGCGUGACGGCGACCACCAAACCGAUCGAUCUCUAUCUGGACGGUUUCCACGACAAACCGAUGCUUUUCAUCAUCAAACAAGGUGCCAUCAUCCAGGCGGAUCUCAAACCGCAAAUCCCAAAGAGUGUGACGGACGUGUUCCAAAACAUCAAAGUGAAACUGAAGCCGCACAUGCUGAGGCAGUUUGUGUCCAAUGCGUGGUACUUUGUCACCAACGAGCAGCGGAUUUACGGCACGGCACUGGACGGCAUCAAGAAUUACGGCUUGAUGCUGAACGAUCAGAUUGUCAAGGGCAGGGACGACGUGUCCAAGUUGAACAAGGUGUCGUACGGAAUCAGCGGAGGACUGGAGUACCACAAGCUGUCGCUGAUCCAGGCUAAGGAGAUGGCGAUGGUCAAGCAGUUACCUCCUGGUACCAUUCAGCAGUGCUUCUCCGUGCUAGAGGAACGCUGCACCCGGAUGGAGGCUACCAUUGGCAAACUGGCGGAAGUGGCCGACAAGAUUACCACCCGUUACGAGUCGGUGCUGAAGCGAAGUCGUGAAGCCGUGGCCCAUCAGCUGCUGCGUGGCUAUGACCAACAGGAUCCCUUCAAUCUAAAAAGCCUGGACAACCGGUACGAAAUCGCUCGGGUGCAGAUUUUGGAAAAGAACACCCACGAAAAAUCACACAUCGAUAUGCUUCAGGCGGUCUACGAGUGCCUGAAGAAGCGGGAUAUUCUGCUGAGGGACUACAGUUUUAAGGAGUUGCAACAGCAACUAAUCGACAUUCGUCGCGAAAUGCAAGAGAUUAGAAAAGCUUUGGAUAAGGCUCAGGAGCAUGCAGAGAAGUUCAAAAAGGACUUGGCUAAGAUGAUAGUGGAACAUAACAACAGCGUGUGGAGUUUGUUGAAUCAGGGAUCUACGAGCAACACAUCAAAUCCAACAGUUUCAACGUACAACGGAAAUGCUGCAAUCAUUCCGGACAUCGACCGAAUAAUGGGAUCUAGCAGUGGAACUGCCAAUGGAGAUUUACCGGGUGCGCCAAAGUUUGUUGUCGGAGGUACCGUUACCACACUGCAGAAUUCGUUGGGCGGCGAGCCAAUCAGCAAAAGUUUACUCUGCUAUGGCGAGGGACCAGAUGUGGAGUCGUUGUUAACAGCUAAUCAGUCGCUUAUUAUGACAACCGAAGAUCUUUUAAAGGACGGAUUCGACUGGAUGAAGUGAUGUCACCAGCACAACAUGCACAGAGUCAAUUAGAAGGGUGCCUCCGGAAACGGUCAUUUUACUAUUAUUAACAACAUUUGAAUGUGAUAUGCCAUUGGCAGGGUUAGUAGCAUAUCCCUUUUUAGUUUCUAUUUUAAUGCAAGCCUUUAAAAAGUCUUUAUUUUCAUUGGAAGAUCUCUAAUGUCUCUUUUAUCAUCAAAAUGGUCUCUGAAUUCAACUUUUUUUCUCCUUGCGAAUGGAACCUAGUGCAAAAUUAUAGAGGUUUCAUUCAUACGUGAGUAUUCCACAGGUUCUUCACCAAUUUCUUACAACGAUGUUACCAAAAUGUGGAAACAAUAUUUUAGAAUAUUUUUCAGGAACUCCCCUGGGGAUCUUUCCAGCAAUACUUCCAGGAGUUUCUUUGAAGAAUUCGUUCAUAAAUUCCCCUAGCGAUUUCUCAAGUAAUGCUUAGAGUAAUUUAUUCGGAUGUUUCUACAGAAAUUCAUCAGCGCUCCACAAUACCUUUAGUAAUUUCUUAAGAAAAUACUCAUCAAUUUUCCACGAAUUAUUCGAGGGGACUUCCUUGAGAAAUUUCUGAAAGAAACUUUGGAGAAUUUGCUGAAGAAAGUUCUGAUGCAUUCUCUGGAGCUAUUCCUUCAAUGAUCCUUGGAAAAUUCAGAUUGAGUUCUUGUUAUUAUAUGAACUAUUGAAAAAUUCUUCGGAGUAUUUUCUGGAAGAAACCAAUACUUGAAUUAAAUUUUGAUGAAAUUCCUGGGAAAAAUAUGAAAAUCUGCAUAUACAGUAAUACUUGUAAUGUCAGGAAUAAUUUUCAUAAACUUUAUGUUUGAUUCGCGUCAUGUCUAUUUUUUCAUGCAUGAAGUUCAUUAAGUUCCUAUUUCUAAAAAACUUUGUCGCUACCAGCCCUGCCUUGGCCAAAAAUUGAGCAAGCAUUUUCAACUACAUUCAAGCACAAUUUUCGUAUUCGUUCAUUGUUUUAAUAUUAAAUGUUUAUUACUACCUAUAUAUUUACAUGAAAGCAUAAUAAACCUAACUGAAGUCUUAUGGUCUUAUGUUAAA